AGCUCCUCCCAUUCCCAAAUGCAGAUUCUUUUUAAAAGCUUGUAGCGACACGAGCUGCCCUCAAAAGAAACUAGACGGAAGAUUGGACGUGACACACAUCUGGUUAAUUCAACAUGCACUCUCUGGAGACGCCACAGGUUGAACCACCACAGAUUUCUCUCUACGCUGAGACGGGUCCGUAUGAGACGGACGCUUACUGCAAGCACCAGCCACAUCUGUAUUCUUAUUACGUGACGGAUACAGAGCAACCCACAGACCAUUACUGGGCCAGCUCCGAUCACCACACCACCGGCUACGACCACUAUGAAGGAGGACAGUUCACGCAGCUCCAGAAUGUCCACGUAUCUCACCUGCAGAGCCUCUACCCACAGUUCCCCCUAGAGGUGGUGGCCACCCCUGACCCCAUCAUCCAGACCCACCCCCCCUGCCCACUGGACGAGGACUACAGCCAGGUAUUCCCGAUGCUGUACCCUUCAUACCAUGCGUCCACUGACCACUCCAGCCCGUCCAUGUCUGAGGACGAUGACUACAACCAGGGCAGCCCCGUGCUGGAGGUUUCCGACGGGGAGUUUGAUGAGAACAUCCCCCCCAGAGAAUCAUCGUCCCACGACGCAGGAGUUCGGAAGAAGGUUCGCCUCUACCAGUUCCUGCUGGAGCUGCUAAAGAACGGGGACAUGCGGGACUGCGUGUGGUGGGUGGACCGAGAGAAAGGCACCUUCCAGUUCUCCUCCAAGCACAAGGAGAUGCUGGCCCACCGCUGGGGCAUGCAGAAGGGCAACCGCAAGAAGAUGACCUACCAGAAGAUGGCCCGCGCCCUGAGGAACUACGGCAAGACGGGCGAGAUCCGCAAGAUCAAGAAGAAGCUGACCUACCAGUUCGACGGCAUGUUGCUGGGACAGAAGAAAUCCGAGUGCAAGACCAGCUACAUGCCCUAAACGGCCCCCCACCUCUCCUCUCCCUGGAUCCCAGAUAGGACUGGCUCCACCUACAACACAAGCCUGAUUGAGACCGGGACUCUGGUCUUAACAAUGCAUUCACUUCUUGCUGUUGCUAAUAGUCUUUUCGAAGGGCGCAGAUGGAAUAGCUGUUUCAGAAGGAAAUGCUGGAAAAUCGAAGGUAGACACAAAAAAUGCUGGAGAAACUCAGCGGAUGCAGCAGCGUCUAUGGAG